GACAAAGAUUCGUCGGAUGAGAUAAAUAGCAUAUCAUUGGCGGCAAACUCUUCGUCUCUGUCGGUGGCACUCAACCAUUCGAGCAGUUCAUCCAUUAGUGAUUGCGAUAAAGGGUUGUCAACGAAGAGUCUGAGCACUACAUCCAAUGACAGCUCUCUAUCGUCGUCGUCCACCUCUUCAGCGACUCUGCCUUUAAAUAGUUCUGACGUCCAAAGUGGUGACCAACUGAGUGAUAGCCAUCAUAUACUUAGUGUUGAUGUGGGAAAGGAUAGUCAGUCCAAUGGGUCGACUACCUGUUCCUCAUCCAAAGCGUUUGAACUGACACUCACUCCCAAAUCAAACCGUGAAUUAACACAAACACCGCCUCCACUCUCAUCCCUUUCCGCAUCCGAAUUGACCACAAAAAGCAGUUCGAGUGCAGCGGAAGUGUGCGUUCAGUCCGAGUCCACACCCAAACCCUUCGGUACGCCCGAUGUGAACGACUCCUUAGUAUUAAAUAUUGAGUCCACUUCUCAACCAUUGGACGCAUUUGUGUCGGAGUCCAAAGACAAGACACUUAACGGAUACGAACGAACAUAUUCUUCACAUCUCAUUGAAUCCGUUCUUCGCAAUACCAGCCCUUCAGAGCAAUGCAAUGCCCGCACCGGUGAGUCGGACAGGACUGUCGGGCUCUCCAACCACUCGCUCACCUCUUCCUCUUUGAACACUAAACUCGAAAACAGUAACAAAGAGAACAACUCUUACAGUUUGGACAGAAUCUGCUCCAAAGCACCCAAAUCUACCUCUUCGUCGACUAAUUGUAAUAAUUUUCAAAUUAAUUCAUCAAACGUUUCCAAUUGUGUCAAAAGUGUGGUUAAAGACUCGCAUAGUGUAGGCGUCAAAAGGACAGCCUCACCGCCGCUCUCUAAUCAAAGUACUGCCGCCAAACAGAAUCGUCACUCGAGUCCUAACAAUCAAAAGAGUUGUGAUUCACUCAACACUCCAUUACAUCCGAGUGCUGCCCAACAAAGUCGGGGCUCCACUAACAGCCUCUCAAGUCUUAGUCAUUUGAGUCAAUCAAUCGGUCAGUCCUUCAACACAAGUAGAGAACGAGAAGAGACGUCGAGUACUAAGAGCUCGAGUGCUCGCACCACACCAUCGGUCACUGUUUCCAACUCUUCUCCCGACAACACCUUUCCAAACAACUACUCGACCCCUAAAAGUCAUUUGUGGACUUCUUCGAGUUCCAGUACAGGACUCAAUGGUAGUGCUGUCCCCCACUUGUCGCCGUCAAGUCUAACGCCGCGCUCCGCAACUCCUAACAUCGGACUGUCCUCUUCAGUGCACUCCAACCACUCCAAUCACUUAGCAAUGUUCGCGUCACCCAUUCCUCCCGCACUCCCUUCAGUGGGCGGUGCAGUGGCCCCCAGUGCCACCCCUUCACCGUUUAUCGGCGAUUCACUCUUUUCACAUCAAAAUCAAUCAGACUUCUUGAGGCGAGAGUUGGACACCAGGUUUCUGGCCUCACUGGACAGGACUAUUGCUAUCCCUCCGCCGCCUUAUAUGAGAACAGAGAUGCAUCAACACAUCCAUGCAAUGCCACAGAAUCAACCCUUUCCUAUGACACCAGCGAUGGCCAGUCCUUUAGUGCAACAAUCGAACCCACAUUUAGCGUUCCCUAAACUCGAUCAGACGACUGCUUAUUUCAAUCGUAACCCUCUCAGCCUAUCCGGCUUUCCUAGUCUUUCACCCCUUUUAACACCCGGAGGUUCGACAAUAACCCCACAAACGGGUAGCUUAACGGCCUCAGCGACCACUCCAUUUGGACCGCCCGGCCAUUCGGCAGCUUUUCAGCCUAAGUUGAACUCAUUCCUAUCCGGCUUUCCUAGUCUUUCACCCCUUUUAACACCCGGAGGUUCGACAAUAACCCCACAAACGGGUAGCUUAACGGCCUCAGCGACCACUCCAUUUGGACCGCCCGGCCACUCGGCAGCUUUUCAGCCUAAGUUGAACUCAUUGUCCACUAAAACUAAACCUUCAGCGAAGUCCGGGCGCUGGUGUGCAAUGCAUGUGAGGAUCGCGUGGGAGAUAUACCAUCACCAGCAGAAACAGCAACAAAUGGAUUUGUCCCACAAAAGUGGUGUUCCCUCGGGAACGGGUGCGUCUAAGAGCGGGUCAUCAGACCUGCUGCGACCCCUUAACCAUAUGUUUUCGUUGGGUCCGCGGACCCAAGAACUGCCGCCCUUCUCGUCACCCCUUAUGAGCGCCGCCCCUUCGCGGACGCCCUUUGACUCUCCACUGCCUUCACAUCACAAUCAAUUCGGAUCAACGCCUCCAUCGCCUCAUCUCUCGUCCAGAACAACGAAUUUCACUCGAUUUCCAUCGUUUGGAAACUUUAGUUCAUUGGGUUUGCCUCCAGUGGCGGGCCCUCCCACGCCUUCGGGCACACUGUUUGGUCCGACACCUAUAUCUGGAGCGCGAGACCUACCAAUCCCUGGAUGUCUGCCCGGAUUGAGUGCCUCAGGACCUGAUUUAUGGUCCAGAAGUGCAUCGACUCGACCGACACCCGCAUUGUUUCCUCCAUUGACGGCAUCGACGUCUUCGAGCACUUCCUCGGCUUCGUGGGGAGGACUCAAAGCAGAGGCCGAACGCAAUCGACUCAACGAAGACUUGUAUCACAAACGGAAACACUCGGAGAGUGGCGACAAAGACGCCAAACGCUUCGAAAGAGAGAAAUCCAGAAGUGAUGAUAAAAUAGAAGCCAAACAUAAGGAUCAGUUAAAUAGUCAUAAACAGAGUUCCAAUUCUUCGUUAUCUCACGUCAGAAAUGGAGACAUCUUUUCCGAUAAGAACAAGGAUUGGCUCAAAAUGAACAACGAACAAAAGGAAGAGAACGGACCGAACGGACAGACCGCCCGGUUUGCCACCGAUGCCAACGACACCAAAGGCAGGACUACACUCACCACCACUUCCAGUGCAUCCAAUCUCCUCAACCCGUCAUCCACUUUAGCGGCAAUGGGUUUGAACAACCAGUUAGAAAAGGCUCGAUUCAUGAGUCUGUUUGGCGGCCUUCACGGCACUCCCCCUCCCGUCACCUCUCACUACAAUACCAACAAUUCGGCCGAAUCUUUGCGCUCGUAUUGGAAUCCAUUAAUACCAGCCGUCGAUCCCUUCAAGAGUCUGCACGAACUGCAAGUGAGGCCCGACUUCCUGGACAGGGAUAACAUCUUCCAGAGGUAUAGUCUGUUGAACUCUUCGGGCGGCGGCGCCUCUCUUAUGGAGCGAAUCGCCAAAGAGAGCGCCGAAAAGGAAAUGUUGAGUCAUUCGAUCGAAAAGCAUAACUCGAAACUCAUUGCUUCUCACAUGCGAUCCAAUGACAUGUCUUUCACAUCUGGUCUUCCGGGCGGUCAUAAUCCUCGGACUCCUCACACAUCGCACCCACACAUACCUCCCCCUCAGCCACCGAACCCUUCGUCGUCCGCGUCGAGCAUAUAUCCGGCAAAUCCUUAUCUAAAUAGUUUGCAUUCGUUGAGUGCCAGCGCCGGCUCUUAUAUGAAGACCAGUAAGAGUGGGUCCACUCCAUUGCAUACGUCCUCCUCGUCCUCAUCCGAGACCUCAUCGCCUUCAUUGGGUCCCACGAAUGGCACAACACUUGCAGCUCUGGUACCAAAUGUAUUAAACCAUUCGUUAAACAUAACCAACUCUAAGCUAUCGAUUGGUUCUCUAAUUGAUAAUCAAUUGGAAACCAUUCAUAGAAAGAGUAGUGAAUCGAAAGCGCCGACCACUGGACUCGUGUCCAGUAAUGGCAACACAAGUGAUGUUGAAAUCUUAGAAACCAACUCAAGAUAG